UCGUGGUUGCUGCUGUGUACUGUGCCUAGACCGAGGUGGUCCAAGAAAAUUUUCAGCCAGUACAUAAAAAUUCAGUCAUCGUUCGAGUCGUCUAAAGAAAUGGCAGCCAAUCAAUUCUACGAAAACAGAUUUACAAAUUUUCAUAAAAAUCAUAUAAAACUAUUUGCUGUUUAUAUGAAAACAGCAAAUCUAAUGCAGAAUUCAAACGUGCUCAAGCGAUCUCUUUAAACGUGUACAAAUCGUUACAAAUUAAGCAAAUCAAAUGCUGUUGUAGAUUAAUUCAUAUACGUGUAUAUGUAUGUAUGUAUAAUUUCGGAGCGGCUUAGUAGAUGAAAAGCAUUGAAUUUUCAUGGAAAUUCUUGUCUAUGAGACUUUUUAAGUUACAAGGAAGUGCAGAGCAGCAGUUUGUAUAUAUAAAUAUAUAGAAAAUGCAGUUUAAUUUGCUGGAACCAGAAGUAAUCGGAAAUGUAACUGUAACAAAAAAUUUCGAAACGUGGACUAAUGAAGAUAUCCUGUAGAAAAGAUCAACAAUUUUGAAAAAUCUGUAAAUCCAAAAAAGUCACAAUAAAAUAGCCAAAUCGUCAAGAUUCACAAAUUAAUAAAGCAAAAGAUGUGGUUAUAAACUACAACAUUUAAAAUAUUUACAAUUUCUUCGACAAAUUUCAUCUCACCAGAUAUUUCUCUACAACAACGUUCUAAUUGCUAUAAUGCUAAUUAAUGCAACUUCCAAUUAAGAAGAAGCUGCUCGUUUUAGUAAUACCGAUGUAACAAACAAAUUUAUCCCUAAUAAUAUAUGCACUACAGCGAAAAAUUCGACAAGAUCCAAUCGCCUGCACAAUACCAGUGUCAGCAAACUGUACCGAAUGGCGAAUAAAAUAAAAGAGACUGCUACUGUAGGGUGUCAUGUGAGUGAUAGCGUCGGCGCGUUAGCACAAAGAUUGAGUGCAACGCAAAGUACUUGCUGGUGUCAUCUACGAAAAGAUCAAGUAAAGUGCGUUAAUUGUCAAAGAGCUGCAGCUGCCGCCGCGACUUCGACAACAAUGGCAACAAUGACGACGAUGACCACCAAAAUCGCGGCUGAUAGCAACGAAAGCGCUAUUGAUGAAAGUGAUAUUGAAGAUGAUGACUGUUCUGAUUCUAAUUGUGAUUCCGAUUCCGAUUCGGCCGAGAUAGACAAUGAUAUGAUUAAUGAGGGCGAUGCCAGAUCGUGCAUCGAUUGUACAGUUGCGGAGAAUGCAUUUGUCGAUAACGAAGUGACAACGGUUUUGAAUGGUGCUAAAUUUAGUAAAAUAAUGAAUAUAUUUCAAAGUAAUAUUAAUAAUGCUGCUAGUGAUUCUAAUAAAUGCAAAAAAACAUUUGCAAAUGCUUAUGUUAAUAAGAAUUAUGGGAAAACCGUUUAUAAUAAGUAUAAACGUAAUAAUAAUAGUGAUAACAUAGUGUUUAGUGAACGUAGUCCAAAACUCGCAACUAUAAAUAUAAGUCAAAAUAGUAGUAGUAGUAGUAACAGUAAUUUAAUUGAAUGUAGUAAUGAAGUAACCAAAACUAAUGUGAAUGGUACAAAAACAAAAUCGACGUCAACUGAUGAAGCGAUACGUAGUAAUGAGUUUUGCGCACAAAGUAACACAUUUGCUGCAGCGCGUGCGCAACUGCUUACCUUCUGGCUGGCAUUUGUUGCUUUUUGUGAUGCGAUUACCAUUAAACAUGACGAUCCGCGCCUCAAAAAUGCGCGCCAACGUCAAGAACAGGAGAAAUCAAGUGAGGAGCAACAAAAGAAAUCAACAGAGUCGCAAACGGUGCAUGGCAACGAGCAUGAUACUUCCAAAGCAAAGCCCUCACGACAUUUGAAGUUGCUGACCAAUCGCAAGCUAAUAUUUCUGUUCAUUGUCUGUGUGUUUUUCUCCUGUUUGAAUCGCAUUGAAGGCCGUCCAAACAGUUUGACAGAACAAAAUGUGAUUACCGAUGGAUCGCCCGUCACUUUGCCAACCGCAGCGGCUGUUGUCGCUGCUACAACCUCAAAAGCUGCAAGGCUGCAGGAGGAAAGCGGUGCAACAACUGCACAUUUGUCGGUCGGCGCUGGUGACAGUGAUGGCAAUAAAAUUGCGCUGCAAACAAACGCAAUAGCACCAGAACCUACACCCAGUGAUAAGCUAAAGGAAGUCGAUACACAUAGACCACCGAUAAUGAUUUC